UGCGUAGCGGCCGGAGGAGCGGCAGUGCGCGAAGUUCCCUUUCGCCGGCUGCCACUCUCUUCCGAGCUGUCUCUCCGCGCGGAGACUGGCUGCGGCCGACAGAUUCGGCAGACCUCCCCCCUCGUUGCCGGCACUGUGACCUGGUGGUGGCGGCUUGCGCAGACCCACUUUCGCGCCGAUUCCCAGUGAUCUCCACACGCUGCACAGCGCAUGCGGGAGAGGCCAUGGGCCUGUCGCGCAAGCCCGUGCUACGCGCGCGGCAACUACACGGCCUGGUCAUCGUGGCGGCUGUCUUCUGGAUGAACCUCUUCGUGCUGGGCUUCUUUCGUGCCAGCGGCGUGCUGUACGUGGCCAUGGUGCGCACCUACCAAUGCAGCCACGAGCAGGCCUCGUGGCCCUUCAGCCUCGCAGGGGCAACGCUCUGCAUGACGGGACCCAUUGCUGGCGCCCUGAGCCGUACGUUGUCCAUGAGAGCAAUCGUGACGACGGGAGUCAUCGUCACAGGCAUCGCAAUCAGCUGCUGCUUCUUCGCAGAGAACAUUGUGGUCAUCGUCAUACUAGUGGGAAUAUUUUACGGCGCCGGGACGGGUAUGGUGUGCAAUCUGACGCCAAUGUUGCUAACGCAACACUUCGAGAACCAUCGAGCCAUAGCCUGCGGUGUGGCCUACUCGGGCUCUACCAUCGGCUCUUUUUUCUGGCCCGCACUGCUUGAGUACCUCAUCAACGAGUUCGGCCUGCGGGGAGCACUGCUCAUCUUCGGCGGAACCAUACUGCACGGCGUCAUGGGCUCCAUCUUGUUGACGCCCCUCGCCUAUGCGAAGCAAAGCGAAGUCGACACCGCCAAGCCGGCCGGCGAGGACGAAAAAGUGCUGGAGCCGCUACGCGAGAAGUGCCAGAGCCUCGACUUCCAUCCUUUCCAGAACGGCCACACGAACCCGCACGGUGGCAACAUAGGAAGACGCUACUCUUCGCGCAUGUCCGUUCGCUCGGCCCUAGGGGACAACGACAGCGCGUGCGCAGUAUCCGUGUCCGGCCUCUGCAUGGUGGUCUCCGACGGGGAGAUGUGGCACAGCCGGGAGGAACAUCUCGACCGUAGGUGUAGUCCGGCCCCCAGUCUGAGGAAGCUGAACGAGGCCAGCCCGCUGGCACCGCUGUGGGAAGCCGGAUCAGUGCCCGACACGGCUCAGAACACCGAGAAGCAGUCUAUCAUGUCCACGACGACCGACGACGAUGCUGCUCGUUCUUCUCUCUGCGCUAACAUCACUCGCGUUGUUCUAAAGGACCUGAGGCUGCUGGGCAACAAAUACUUCAUCUUAGUGACCACCUCGGCGGUGGGAUUUUUCUUUGUGUUUAGCACAUUCAUUAUUAUCAUUCCUGAUUACGCCGCUGACAAGGGCCUGCCGAUAAGCGAUGGGGUGUUUCUUCUCUCCGUGUAUGGUAUAGCGGACCUGUUUAGCAAGCCGAUCCCUGGUCUUUUGGCAUACAAGAAAAUAAUGGACAACAGAGGUAUCUUUAUUAGUGGCGGCAUCAUCACGGGCUUGACAAUGAUUGUGAUGCCAUUUAUGGACAGCUACUGGUUCUUUGUGGUGAUGACUCUACUGUUCGGCCUUGUGACCGGUGGGCUCAUAUUUAUGACUCCCGUCCUGCUCACCGAGUUUCUUGGAGCCAAGUUAGCAGUCAUGGCCUUUGGAAUGUGCAACCUGUUCAUCGGCAUUACUUGCCUCCUGAGACCGUUCAUUAUAGGUUACUUCAAGGACAACUGGCACAGCUAUAACGGCCUCUUCUACACAAUGGCGGUAGCAUGCAUUCUCUCUUCGCUCAGCUGGUACAUUCCACCAGCAGUGAACAAAGUAUGGACGUGUGUGAGCAGACCAAAGGAAUCUGUCCAGCCACAAGAAGUCUGAAGAUUUCACAUGUGCCAGGGCAGGACGUUGCUGGAAUGUAUGGCGCUUUACGGAACCGUGGGGCUGACACCAUGGACGCCGCUAUUGCGCGCGAAUCGAACUCGCCUGUGGCGCUGUACUUCUGUUGUGUCUCGUGAACUGUACGGAUGGCUGCACAGCACAGAAACGGAGACCAGAUUGGCGCUCCUCAUUUUUCCUCAUCGCGAACACGGACUGCGACGGCCACUCCAUUGUUGUUCAGCUGUGAUGUGCAUAUGCAUACUCGUUUGCCGCCUAAACCAUAUUGAGACCAUCUGAAAUAAUUAUUUUUUCAUUAUUAAAUAUGUCACUGUUGCUGC